UUGAUCCUGGGCACUGCCUGUGAUACCUUUAUUCCAGAGCCGAUCUGACGUGAAUGGCUUUAUAUUUUCCCGUAACAUGUCGUCAGUCUUGGAGGGAUUGCGAUGGCCAUUGUGGUACAGACACAGGCGAUCACCUGUCGAGGAUGUCUGAUAGAAAACUCAUCCAUCUUGGAAUUAUUUUCGAUUGUGUCAGCGCGUGAUUUCUUUGAAAUUAAUGAGUCUGUCUCCUACAGAUUUUCUUUCUCCGUCAACAAUUAUUCAUCUUAAACGAUUUCAGCACCCAUAUCUAUGUGAGGCAGACUGGUACAUUUGGGGUUCUCUACAAAGGAGACUUGAGGGUGCGUGUGACAGUGUGCUACUAUAAAUUGUACUGGAACUAGGGCGGGAGACUGCAGAAGUCAAGCUUGUGUGAUUGGAGGACCUUGUUAGUGAUGUCACCUGUCCUGACCAAUCAGCAGUGACAAUAUGAUCCUUAGCUUCGUACUGGUGAGCGCCGCCCUGGUGGUCGUCUCUGGUCAGGAAGCAGACUUCAAAUACCUUCUUCAAGAGGAAAAACCAAAUGGAAGCGUUGUUGCAAACAUUGCGUCAGAUGUUCGUCCUUUGAUCAAUGUAACGGACAGUGUGUUCAGUAAGCUACGGUAUCAACUCCUAACCGAGGGCAAUGUGAAUGCCAAAUUGUUCUCCCUGAAGGAGCAAAGUGGUCGUUUGGAGGCUACCAAGAUUGACCGCGAGAAAGUCUGUCAGGACUUGGAUGUCUGUGUCCUUCAGUUGUCUCUUGCCAUCUUUAAGGACGACCCUGACUUCCCUAACAACCCAGAUCUCAUCAAAUUACUCCUUAUUGAUGUUACAGUCCAAGACAUCAACGAUCACCCCCCGCUCUUCUCCCCUUCGGAGAUGGUUGUAUCCGUUUCAGAAACUGUUAGCAUCGGUUACGUGAUACCGAUUGACGCAGCUACAGACGAGGACAGUGGAGCUAACAACUCCGUACAAACGUACGAGUUUGUCACUGUCCAGGAUGAAUUUCGCUUAAAAUAUAAUACUGACCAAGCUACUUUAGAAAUAGAGGUGAAUAAACGUUUGAAUUAUGAGGCGGACAAAUUUUACCAGUUAGAGAUUGUGGCUAAAGAUGGUGGGUCUCCCCAAAGGAGUGGCAGUGUGACAAUUCAUGUUAAUGUGCUAGACGAGAAUGACAAUUCACCGGAGUUCACAAAGCCUGAGUACAAGGCUGUCACAGAGGAGAACCGAGGCAAUGGAGAAGUAAUUGUACAGGUAACGGCCAGAGACUUGGACUCGGGUGAUAAGGGGAAUGUAUCCUACAGGUUCAACCCCAGCUCUGUACCUAGCGUGUUUGGAAUAAAUGUCACCUCAGGGGAGAUAUACGUCACUGGACAGAUAGAUUUUGAGUCAGAGCAGACUUUUUCUUUUUUUGUCCAAGCUGUUGAUGGUGGAGUCCAGCCUCAGUCGUCAUCUGCCUUAGUGGUCAUUACAGUGACCGAUAUCAAUGACAAUGCACCACAAGUCAACAUCAACCUGCCCCCUGGUGGUGACGUGAUUUCUGAGGCUGCAGAACCAGGACGUUAUAUCGCCAACGUGGCCGUGUCGGACCCAGACAGUGGAGCAUUGGGUAACGUCAUCUGUCAGUUACACAGUGAUUAUUUCAAGAUGGAGACACUAUACAUCAACAUGUACAAGGUGACACUAAAACAGAAGUUGAACCGAGAGGGCCUGGCCACACAUAACAUCAGUGUCGUCUGUGCUGAUGGGGGCACACCUAGCCUCGUCACUACCACCAGUUUCCUCAUCCAUGUUGGUGACGUCAAUGAUAAUCCUCCAACCUUCACACACUCACGAUACAAUGUAUCAAUCUACGAAAAUAAUCAAAUAGGAGCACCUGUCACCAUAGUAACGGCCUCAGAUAGAGAUGAGGGAGAGAAUGGCAGAGUGACCUAUAGUCUAUCUGGGAAUGAAGAUGACUUUUUCUCCAUUAAUUCAGAUUCUGGAGUGGUCAGUACUAAUGUUGUGUUUGACAGAGAGAUACACUCCGAGCUGCUGUUUCAGGUAGUGGCGAGGGACAGUAAUGUUAUCACACAGUAUAGCUCUACAGCAACAGUGGUGGUGACAAUCCUCGACAUGAACGACAACCAACCGUCUUUCUCACAGGAAGUGUACUCGUUUACGGUGCCAGAGAACCAGGCUCCGGGUACUGUGAUUGGUCGGUUGUAUGCCUAUGAUAAGGACAUUGGUGCCAAUGGUAACAUCUACUUCCCUCCGACUCACCCGUACACUAGUAUCUUUGAGAUCAUUCAAAGCACUGGUCAGAUCCAGACAAAAGUUGUGCUUGACCGGGAGACUCAGGGCAUGUAUGACUUCCACGUGACUGCAGAGGACAAUGGUCAGCCACCUCUACAGACGACCACAAACGUGGUGAUAGUGGUCCAGGAUGUUAAUGACAACGUACCCAAUGUCACCUUUCCCACCGAUGUCAACAACACUGUCACCAUAACACCAAGCAAGACCCAGGGCACACUGGUAGCUAAGGUAAUGGCGACCGACCCAGACCUGGGUGUGAAUUCCGUGCUUUCUUAUGUGGUUAUGAAAGGUGCAAGUAGUCUGUUUAAUGUCAACAACAGGACUGGUGUGGUCAGUCUGGGGCAGGACCUCAAGGAGGACCAUUUGGGGACCUACACUAUACUAUUGGCCAUCCAGGACUCAGGCACCCCCAGUCAGACAACCUGGUCCAACCUUGUGAUCAUCGUUAGCAACCCUGAUGCCAACAAGAACGUCAUCAUCGUCAUAGCCGUGAUAUCUGUUACCGUCACCCUGUCUCUGAGUAUGAUCAUCAUGAUCUGUCUCAUACGACGUCAGGAUGGCAAAAAGUUCGACAAGGGUGAUGGAAAAUUGUCAGACCAUAAGAAGAAGUUUGUCCUGGACUGGCUUCGUUGUCUGUCAACGUCCACUAGGGACGUCCACAAACUUGGCAACGAUAAGACAGAGGCACAGCUCCACCGACCCACCGAUCUGAAACCUAUCUGUUCCAACGACAGCACAGCAUCAGAGGGCAGCCAAGACUGUAAGAAUGAAUCCCAGGAGAAUAUCGGGCGUACAGAUGAGGAUGAGGGGUUCGUAGAGACACCUGGUGGCACCCUGUCACAUGACAGUGGUCGCGGUGACAGUGUCCGCACACGUCAUGACAGCUCGAUGAGUCAGCAGGAACUGAUGACAAGUCAAGAUUCCAGAAUGUUUUACUCGUUGCCACGGUGCCAGACAGGAAGUAAGGAUGCUGUGAGUGACACACGGUUCUCCACAGCUACGUCAGACGGUGUUUCGAUACCGGAGAGCUGGCAGCACAGACCUGUACCUCCUCGGCCCAGUUACAACAGAAAUAUCAGUCUGGAUGAACAAAUGUUACGAGACAGGCAAAAAGCCCAAACUAUGUCCAGUUUUCGUGAAGAUGCUAGAUUUUCUUCAACAGACUCGUCUAUUGUUCCUGUGAGUAGGAACUAUAAACAGAUUAACAAAAUAGGGUUAGGACUGUCCUACGAUAGUCAUACAUUACACAGACAUAUACCGGGACAGUAUCAACGACCUUCAAACAGCACCUCUACAAAACUGGCUCAGAAGCGAACCCUCUCCCCAAUAAGUGCGACCCCUGAGCCAAGUGAGGGUGGCUUCUCUAGCUCCAACUCCUCCUUCACGCCCCACCCCCGGUCUCCAUCACAUCAGCCAUACUCUGGAGUCCACUUCUUUAAGUCUGGUUCCCAGUCCAGCGGUCAGUCACUCAGUAGUGUCCGACAAGACAUUGUACAGCUGGAAAGUGAUAUAGAGAGUCGACUCAACAGAGAGGACUGUAUAGUGUAACAGUGGUUAGUCUCUCUCUGUGGUCAAACCAUAAUCUCUGGACCUUGGUCAAACAAUAUUUAUGAUAUUUUUUAGACCAAAUAUUAAGGAAAAUAAGCUUAAAAAUCAAAUGUUUUUUACGAAAUUAUUAAAUUUUGGUCAUUAUAUUCAAAAUAAUGGUCUUUUUCUUGUUGUUUAUAUUGACCCUGUGCCAGGUCUGCUUUAUUACAGAGAGUGAUGCCAUGACCUUUAGGGGUCACGUGCCAAUAGGGACCAAUUGAUGAUCUCAUGUGUAAGAUGUAAUCCAAAAGUGCCAAAUAUUAAAAAUGUCUAUUUUAAGUGUGAUUGUGUUUGUAUGAACUGAGAAUGUUGUGUGAAAAAAAUACUUAAUCUGUUAAUUAGCCCCGAGAAUCUUGGCUUGAUGGGGUGACAGAAUUGAGGCAGAGCAUGAGGUUAUGGAAGGUUAAAUACGGUAUGACUGUUGAUAGAGUUUUUGGAAGGUUAAAUACGGUAUGACUGUUGAUAGAGUUUUUUAUACUAGAUACUGUUUUAGCAGCUAGCUACUGCCAAGUCUGUUGUAUGUAUUGUGUUUUUGAUACUAUCAAAGUUUACUUAAUGUAGAAAAUAUUGAUUCCAAAUUUGUCACAGUCUAGCAUUUUCAUUUGAAUGGAAAUUUUUCAUGAAUAAUUUAUUGCUUUGAUGUUGAACUCAUAGUUUUGCAUACACAAAAUUGUGUCGUAUUGCUACAAAAGUAGAGUAUUUUCUGGAGUUAGUUCCAUGAGCGUGUUAGGUGUGAUGGGUAUUAUUGAAUUUAUUAGCAUGAGAAAUACUAGAGAAAUCUCCAUUAUCACUGAUAUGCUGGUCGUUUUCUGAUUCUCAAGAAAAAACGUGCAUGGAAACUGUUGAAUGUCUCAAUAUACUUUUAAAAGUCAAUAUAUCUAAUAUAUAUUGAUAUGUUGAUGAAUUGAUUUAAUUUUAGUUUUUUUAAUUCUACAGGUAAGGUUUUCAGCCAACAGAGAUAAACAAUGUGUAAAGGAGAGAAGAAUAAGCAAAUUAAAAAAGAAAAACCUAUUAAUAUGUUUAUGAAAAUAAAUGUAAAUGAGCGUA